UGACGGUUAAAUUUGUUAGUGUUCACUGACUAGACCUCAAUCAAUGGGCUCUGUUUAAAGUCUCUAUUUUCUCUUUAUGAGAUAAACAGAACUUUUUUGAUCCUUCGAUGAUAUCUAGUCGAUUGUUUUCUUUACAAUAAUCGAAAAAGAUGAAGGAGUUAACGUUAGUGGAGGAGAUGCCUAAUGAGGGGUAUGGAUGCGCCGUUGCGAAUCGUUUCGGUCAGCUGCUGGACGAUGAAUCCGACCCUUUCGACAUUUUAUUCGCGGCAGGGGUAGGGAAAAAGCAGAAGAAGAAGAAAGAGGAGCAAAAGAAAACUUCAACCACGACUAAAGCUGGAAAGAAGGAGUCUCAAAGGGACCGGACAAUCGUUCUUCCAGCAGUUGGAGGUGGACAAGGCCAAGUCCGCCUUGCUCGUGGAGAGGUUGAGGAGCGAAUAGAGAGACGCGUGACUUUUGAGCGCAAAUUCAACGAUGCCGACACCCCCCUCAGUUUCUCUGUUGAGAGGCCUGUGGAUGUGCUGGACAGGCCUGUCAGAGGAAGAGGUACUGGACGUGGACGAGGAGCACGAGGCCCAGGAUAUCCAAGAUCCAAUGACGGAUUUGACCAGAGAGGAAAGAGGGAGUUCGAACGACACAGUGGGAGUGACCGAACGAGUGUCCGUUCGGAAGAGAAGCGCAGUGGCAGUGGAUCUCGCAACUGGGGCUCUAUGAGAGACCAAAUGAGUGAAAUUGAAGAGGGGUCACCUAGUGAGGAGGUUGUUGAAACUGAGGAGACCCAAGAGGUAGUUGCAACUGAUGGAGAAAACAGACCAUCUGAGACCGAGGAAGUGAUUGAGGUUGCCAUAGAGAUGACACUGGAUGAGUGGAAAGCCCUACAAGAGCAAAGCAGGCCCAAGGUAGAGCUGAAUAUUCGUAAGGCAGACACCCCUGUCCCGUCCAAGGCUGUGGUUAUCCAUAAGUCCAAACUCCUUCAGAAACAUGAUAAUGGCAUUGAUGAAGAGGAUGUGGUUUUCCGUCGCCCGGCCAACGACAUUACCUGUCAACUGGAGAUCAACUUUGGCAGCCUGGCUCGGCCCUCUCGCGGUGGGAGAGGUGGACGAGGUGGCGGUGGUCGUGGCCGUGGUGCUCCCAUGCCAUCCCAAAGAUCUCCACCACAACUUGAAUCUGCUCCAAACCCAGAUGAUCCAGAAGAUUUCCCUGCACUGGCUUAGUGCUCCAGAGGAAGAGAGUGAAGAUCAAACUGUUCUGCAACCCAUGUUGGUUGAAAUGAGCAAUGUGCACUUAAAAUG